AUGGGGGGUGGACAGAAAAAAGGGACGGUGACUCCUCAUGAGCACAAUCCACGCUCAAGAUCUAAAAAGAGGACCAAAUCGGGUAAGAAAACAAAGAUGAAGAAGAAAAAUAAGAGAGAUUUAGAGGAACUGAAGAAGGAAGUGAUCAUGGAUGAUCACAAGUUAACCUUGGAAGAGCUGAGUGCCAAGUAUUCCGUGGACCUAACAAAGGGCCUUAGCCCCCAAAAGGCAAAGGAAAUCCUGCUUAGAGAUGGACCCAACACACUUACGCCACCUCCCACCACUCCAGAAUGGAUCAAAUUCUGUAAACAACUGUUUGGUGGCUUCUCCCUCCUCCUGUGGACUGGGGCCAUUCUCUGCUUCGUGGCCUACGGUGUCCAGUUACAUUUCCAAAAGGAGUCUACGAAAGACAAUGUGUACCUGGGCUGCGUAUUAGUCCUGGUGGUGGUCAUCACUGGCUGUUUUUCCUACUACCAGGAGUCCAAGAGCUCCAAGAUCAUGGAAUCCUUUAAGAACUUGGUGCCACAGCAAGCGCUAGUAAUUCGAGGAGGACAGAAGAUGCAGAUUAACGUACAAGAAGUGGUGUUGGGAGACCUGGUAGAAGUGAAGGGUGGAGAUCGAAUCCCUGCUGACCUCCGGAUUAUCUCUUCGCAAGGAUUUAAGGUAGACAACUCAUCCUUGACUGGGGAGUCAGAACCCCAGACUCGGUCCCCUGAAUUCACCCAUGAGAACCCUCUGGAGACACGAAACAUCUGCUUCUUUUCCACCAACUCUGUGGAAGGGACAGCUCAGGGUAUUGUCAUUGCAACAGGAGACUCCACAGUGAUGGGCCGAAUUGCUUCCCUGACAUCAGGCCUGGCAGUGGGCCAGACCCCCAUUGCUGCUGAGAUUCAACACUUCAUCCAUCUGAUCACUAUGGUGGCCAUCUUCCUUGGUGUCAGUUUUUUUGCGCUAUCACUCAUUUUGGGCUACAGCUGGCUGGAGGCUGUCAUUUUUCUUAUUGGCAUCAUUGUGGCCAAUGUGCCUGAGGGGCUGUUGGCCACAGUCACUGUGUGCCUGACCCUGACAGCCAAGCGCAUGGCAAAGAAGAACUGCCUGGUGAAGAACCUGGAGGCGGUGGAGACGCUGGGCUCCACGUCCACCAUCUGCUCGGACAAGACCGGCACCCUCACCCAGAACCGCAUGACGGUCUCCCACUUGUGGUUCGAUAGGGUCGUGUAUGAGGCUGACACCAGCGAAGAACAGACUGGGAGAUCAUUUGCCAAAGGCUCAGAAACCUGGUUUAUCCUGGCCAGAAUCGCUGGCCUCUGCAACCGGGCUGACUUUAAGCCUCAGCAGGAGACCGUGCCCGUGGCUAAGAGGGCAACAACGGGUGAUGCCUCUGAGUCAGCCCUCCUCAAAUUCAUCGAGCAGUCUCACGGUUCUGUGGCGGAGAUGAGAGAAAAAUACCCAAAGGUGGCAGAGAUUCCCUUCAAUUCUACCAACAAAUACCAGAUGUCCAUCCACCUUCUACGGGAAGGUGAUUCCUAUUCCCAUGUGCUGCUGAUGAAGGGUGCUCCAGAGAGGAUCUUGGAUUUCUGUACCAGUAUCCUUCUGGAUGGGCAGGAGUACCCACUGAACAACGAUAUGAAGGAAGAAUUCCACAACGCCUACUUCCAGCUGGGCGGCCUGGGGGAGCGUGUGCUAGGAUUUUGCUUCUUGAAUCUGCCUAGCAGUUUCUCCAAGGGAUACCAUUUCGAUACAGAUGAGAUGAAUUUUCCCAUGGAUAACCUCUGCUUUGUGGGCCUUAUAUCCAUGAUUGACCCUCCCCGAGCUGCAGUGCCAGAUGCUGUGAGCAAGUGUCGCAGUGCAGGGAUUAAGGUGAUCAUGGUUACGGGAGAUCAUCCCAUUACAGCCAAGGCCAUUGCGAAGGGUGUGGGCAUCAUCUCGGAAGAUUCUGAGACAGUAGAGGACAUUGCUGCUCGGCUUAGGAUCCCUGCCAGCCAAGUCGAUCCCAGGGCUGCCAAAGCCGUAGUGGUGCACGGCUCGGAGCUGAAGAAUUUAAACUCAGAGCAGCUUGACCAGAUCCUCCUAAACCACACUGAGAUUGUGUUUGCUCGGACUUCCCCUCAGCAGAAGCUUAUCAUUGUAGAGGGGUGUCAGAGACUGGGAGCCAUCGUGGCUGUGACAGGGGAUGGGGUGAAUGACUCCCCUGCGCUGAAAAAGGCUGACAUUGGUGUUGCCAUGGGCAUCACUGGCUCUGACGUGUCUAAGCAGGCAGCCGACAUGAUCCUGCUGGAUGACAACUUUGCCUCCAUCGUCACGGGGGUGGAGGAGGGCCGCCUCAUCUUUGACAACCUGAAGAAAUCCAUCGCCUACACCCUGACCAGCAACAUCCCUGAGGUCAGCCCCUUCCUGAUAUUCAUCGUCCUCAGUGUGCCCUUGCCUCUGGGCACCAUAACUAUCCUCUGCAUCGACCUGGGCACCGACAUGCUCCCUGCCAUCUCCUUGGCUUAUGAGCCGGCUGAGAGCGACAUCAUGAAGAGGCUCCCACGGAACCCAAAGAAGGAUAAGCUGGUCAACCAGCGUCUCAUUGGCAUGGCCUAUGGACAGAUCGGGAUGAUACAGGCUGUGGCUGGAUUCUUCACCUACUUUGUGAUCCUGGCCGAGAAUGGUUUUAAGCCUAGGGAUCUGCUGGGCAUCCGCCUCUUCUGGGAAGAUCGAAGCUUGAAUGACCUGGAGGACAGCUAUGGGCAGCAGUGGACCUACGAGCAGCGCAAGGUGGUGGAGUUCACGUGCCAAACGGCCUUCUUUGUCAGCAUCGUGAUCGUGCAGUGGGCUGACCUCAUCAUCUGCAAGACCCGCCGCAACUCGGUCUUCCAGCAGGGCAUGCUAAAAAACAAGGUCCUAUUAAUUGGGCUGCUGGAGGAGACACUGCUGGCUGCUUUUCUGUCCUACACACCUGGCAUGGCCUUGGCCAUGCGCAUGUACCCACUCAAGCUAAUGUGGUGGGUCUGUGCCAUUCCCUACAGCUUUCUUAUCUUUGCCUAUGAUGAAACCAGAAGAUACUUCAUUCGCCGAUGGCCUGGUGGCUGGCUGGAGAGGGAGACGUACUACUAA